AGAGCCUCUAAUCCCCUGCGUCCAUGGUUUACUCUGAGCUCGUAUUUAAUUCCUCUAAACCCCCAGCUGCCGCCUGCUUACUCACUGAACGCGACAGACUGCGGACCGCUGCGGUUAUUAAUAAUUCACCAGCUCCUCUCCUCUGCUCUCCGCGCAGCGCCGCUCCGCUUCUCCGGCCGCGGCCGCGGGACAUACCGCAACGCUCUUCCUCCCCUGGUUGGCUGCGUGCGUGCGUGCGUGCAGCCACGCUGUGUUUCCCCACUUUCAGCACUUUGUUUACUCGAUUUCAGCUGCUCGGUGUCACUCACACGCCACGGUCACGUCUCCGUCGCUGGUAGGCUGCGUUCUGCUCUGAUGUCUCUGAGCUCCGGACGGUGAGUUUGGUCUGAGGCGUCCCUUCUCUCGGCGGACUCUGAAGGAACAGGUGGAUGAAGAGCUGCACGUUUUCGGAUCAACAAAAAGCCGGGGAUCGAGUGCAUGCAUGAAAGGGGAGAAAGGCGUCUAAAUCUGCAGGAGCAACAGCUGAUCGGGUGAGCGCAGAGAGAGAAGGCUACUUACGGUCCGUUUCCGCCGCCUCGGGCUCUGUCGGUGGCCGGGUCCGCGGACGGGGAAUCGAUUGUCGAGCUCAGCACCCACGAAGUUGGAAUGUCAUAGGAACAUCGAGCUGAAACGGAACAGAAACUGUCUUGAUGAAGAGAGCCGGCUCGGAUUAGUAACGAGGAAAGUUGACCCGCAGACUCCCCCAGCACUGUAGAAUGGUUACCGGGCAGCAGGCCGAGAAUUAGGCCCAGCAGAACAAGAACCAGGCACUUUUCUAUCUCCCACCUUUUUUCUGGAAGCUGAACUUUGGAAAGUGGAAAAUGGCUCUUUGAGAGUGUUGGCACAUUUCCCCACACCACAAUGGCAACGGAGUCCUUUCUGUUGAACGAAGAACCCUCCAGAGCUCCUGGGAUGCCUGAGUGCUAUGUAGUGUCAGAUUCAUACAGGUAUUACCCCACUCACCUUCUAAACAAUGCCUUAGUGGAUGAAUUUCACCCCUUCAUCGAGGCCCUCCUCCCCCAUGUCCGUGCCUUCUCCUACACUUGGUUCAACCUGCAGGCCCGCAAGCGCAAGUACUUCAAGAAGCAUGAGAAGAGAAUGAGCAAGGACGAGGAGCGCGCCGUGAAGGAUGAGCUGCUGGGUGAGAAGCCGGAGAUCAAGCAGAAGUGGGCCUCGCGCCUGCUGGCCAAGCUCCGCAAGGACAUCAGGCCAGAGUUCCGCGAGGACUUUGUGCUCACCAUCACAGGAAAGAAGGCUCCCUGCUGCGUGCUGUCCAACCCCGACCAGAAGGGGAAGAUCCGCCGCAUCGACUGCCUCCGCCAGGCCGACAAGGUGUGGCGGCUGGACCUGGUGAUGGUCAUCCUAUUCAAGGGCAGCCCCCUGGAGAGCACAGACGGAGAGCGGCUGGUCAAGUCGCCCCAGUGCUCCAACCAUGGCCUGUGCGUCCAGCCGCACCACAUCGGGGUGACAGUAAAGGAGCUGGAUCUCUACCUUGCCUACUUCGUCCACACACCAGAACAAUCAGGACAAUCAGACAGUUCAAACCAGCAAGGCGAUACAGACGUCAAACCCCCAGCAAAUGGCCACUUGAGUUUCCAGGACUGCUUUGUGACUUCAGGGGUGUGGAACGUGGCUGAGCUGGUCCGCGUGUCACAGACUCCAGUGGCCACAGCGACAGGCCCAAACUUCUCUCUGGCAGACCUGGACAGCCCAGGCUAUUACAACAUCAACCAGGUCACCCUGGGACGUCGUUCCAUCACCUCCACCCCCUCCACCAGGACUGAAAUGGAGCUUUAUGCAAGUCUCCCACGGAGCUCCAACAAGCGCAAGUCUAUUGACGACAGCGAGAUGGAGAGCCCUGUGGAUGAUGUGUUUUACUCAGGCCGUUCCCCUGCAGCUGGCAGCAGCUCUCAGUCCAGCGGUUGGCCUAACGAUGUGGACGCAGUGCAGCACCAUUUGGCCAGUGUGCAGGAGAGGAAGAUUAAGCAUGAGAGCGAUGGAGUGCAGUUUCCUUACCAUGGACUCUCAUCGCCUGGUUCUCAUAAGAAGCUGGGGAAAUUCGAUUUCAGCGCCCUGUCCUCCCAGACGAGGUCCCCCCGCAUGGCGUUCACCCACCACCCACUGCCAAUGCUGGCGGGAGUGAGACCAGGGAGUCCCCGUGCUUCAGCUUCGGCCCUACACUUCCCGUCCCCUUCCAUCAUCCAGCAGUCUAGCCCCUACUUCACCCACCCCACCAUACGCUACCACCACCAUCCUGGACAGGACCCCCUGAAGGAGUUUGUGCAGUUUGUCUGUGCUGAUGGCUCAGGGCAGGCCGCCGGACAGCCGAACGGGAGCGGCCAGAGCAAAAUGCCAGGCUCCUUCUUGCUGCCUCCACCUCCCCCAGUGGCCCGCCCAGUGCCCCUCCCCAUGCCCGACUCUAAACCCAACAGCACGCCCCCUGACGGCGGACUCUCCUCGCCCGCAUCACCGUCAUACUCCACGCCAGGCGCCACAGCUCCCAACAGGUUUGUCGGCAUCGGAUCACGGGACAACAACUUUCUGAACAUCCCGCAGCAGACACAGUCUUGGUUCCUCUGACAAGAUCUGUGCACAAACCAGCAAAUAGAAAUCUUUCUUUACUAUUCAGAAUAAGAAAAAAAGAACAGAGAAACAACCUGAAGGAUGACAAUAAUUGUCUUACCAACCCGCCGACCAGCCCUGACAGUACAUCUCAUCUGAUAUGAAAUAUAACCAAGCGACGCAGGAAAUUACAGUCACAUGAUGCUUCUAGUGGAACCCUGGAAAUAUUCACACAGUCAGCGGGAGAACCUGAUUUGGGUGAAGAGAGAAGGACGAAUGGAUGGAAGUAAGGCGGGCAGCAGGCCUCCUCACGCCAUCAAAGCACAGCAGCGAUGCAGGAGCAAGAAAAGGAUGUGGGAGCGGUCAGCUUCUCCUGCUUUGUAAGAACGCAUUGUGAACAUAUGGCUAAAAAAAAAAAAAUCAACUGUCCAGCAAUUACAAAUUCAAGCUACAACAACCUAACCCACCAUGAUCCCAAAACCCAAUCAGACGAUGUAUGUCCAGUGAGGACAGCAGUCCAUGCUCCUGUGAUGUCAUCAUCGCCCAUAACGAAAUCCAAUUGGCUCCUCUCACCCUGCCACCAAUAAGCAAGCGACCAUGCCAAACCAUAUCUUGAUUUAAAGUUGCACUACAAGCUGAAUCAGUUAACACUAACCAUGUGCACUAUUUACCUACAAGGCGUGGCAGGUAAACCACACUCGCCUAUGAUUAUGUUUUACGAAAGGAAACAAACCACAAGGUACAAGAAGCCUUCAAAUGUCCUCGACCUGUCACGGGUCAGUUCAGCCAAUCAUCGAUCUCCCCUUGCUCACAAAGUUCUCAGUCUGUGUGCCACGACUCCAGGGUUUCUCACCUUUCAACUCAUAAUAUUUCUAUAUGUAUAUGUAAAAGCUUUCCGUUUUUUACCCAAUAAGCUCAGUAAACUCCCUCCCCACAAGAUGCAAUCAGUGUACCAGACACCGAGUAAUUAUACUGCUAUUGGCAGCAGCUAUGAGUUCCCCGUUUGCCAUUUUUGUAAUGUAGAUGAAUGCUGACUAAUUUUCCCUCGUGUGUUUUCUUAUUUCAAUUGACUCCUUUUUGGAUAUGUACUAUUUUCUAAUUGUUUUUGUAUUUGAAUGGCAGCACCUUAAAGUUAAAGAAGGAUAAAUUAUAUGUUGGGGUGAAGAACACGGAGCGGCUGGCUAACCUGGAGAAAAUAGUGCUUGUAAAAACUUGGGGAAAUAUGCCCACCUGUUGUUUUAGAUGUGGAGAUUGGUAUUAAACCCACGGGAAGCUACAGUGAGCAGCUAGUUAGAUAGGAGUUAAACUGAAUCAUGUCUUAGUUAUUCUUCAAAAGGGUUUCAUCCAAACAAGUCGAGGUGCCACACACGUUUAGCAUGAGAUGAUUUUACAGGAUCAGGAACAAAAACUGUAUAUCAGAGACACAUUCAACUCCUCCAUUGUCACUUUAAAUUAAUGAGCAUUUAGCCGUUUUUAUCAUGAGAUUUCUGCAGCCAGGUGACUAUAUUGGACAAGAUGAUGGAAAUGAAGAAUGAGUUUGAAGCUAGAUUGAAUAAGAACAUGAGGCUUUGGUUUUGAUUUAAUUUGUUUUAAUAUCUGGAAAAUGAUGACAAUCACUUGCUUGAGAUAAAGGUAAUGGAACAGUAAAGAUGUUUGACCUAUUAUUUGUCAGAACUUGACUGAUUAAUGUCUGUAGAAAGCUCAGGUCGUUUGGAACAAGCACCUAGAGUCUACAGGUGUUAUUGCAAUUUACCGUAAUUCACUUAGCAUUUACUUGGGUCUUCACCCACCCCAAUCUCAAAAUCCAACAUGGCUGACAAUCAUUUCAAAUACAGUGAUUGUUGCAGUGAUAAACCGUAAUCAGCCUCAGAGUGGCUAUUUAACAUUUACAACACCAAUAAAGGCUAGUUCAGGAAUUUUGAAGUGAGGUUUUGUUCAAAGCUUAUAAGCAGUUAAUAUCUUACCUGGAAUCGAUAACUUUCUUUGCAUCUUCAUGUAGUAUAAAUCCAGAUAAGUUAGCCCCAGAGACUGAAGCUAGUCUUAAACAAGUUUUCUAAAUAUAAAUCAUAAAACUGUUUAAUUGUGAAAAUUUAUAAAUCAAAAUGGAUUUUAUUUGGAUAUUUUACCAAAAUGUUUAACCUUAACAAGAAGUGCAAUAUUUAUGGAAAAUAAAGAAAUAUAAGUAACCAUCUUAAAAUGAGGAAGCAACAACAUGAAGUAAAAACCCUUAAAACAUUAGUGUCAUUUUGUUUUAGAAAUUUUAUGCAAAUCCUACUUAAAAACAUUCCAGAAAUAGGCUUAACUUAUUCUCUGCUAAUGCCUUUAUAAUUUUAACAUGUCAUUUAUUUUAUAAUUUUAAAGGGGCCAGGACCAAAGCAAACUUCUACUUUCUUAAAAAAAAACUCCAAUCUCAAAAACAUCAUAAACGGUUAAUUCACGCACUUUUUAUUGAACCUUUAAACCAUUGCCACGAUUGCAUCAGGUGGAUGCAAGCUGUGUUUUACUCAGGAAAGGGAGGCAGGAGGCGGUGCGCCACCAAAAACCUUCCUGAGUGAAUCGGAUAUUGAGAACAGAACAUGUGAAAGGAUUCCAGUCAGAAUGACUUUACUGAUAUAAGAUUCUAAAAAGUAAUUAUUGUGGUUUAAGUGAACUGUGUUUUACUGUGAUUCUUACACUGCCUUUCCUGUCAGGUAGUUACUCUGACUAGAAAAGCUUCUGUUCUCAGUAGGUAUUAAACACAGGAUGAUCACUGGUCGCGGACUGCCUCCUACCUCUGCUUCACAGGUAAAUAAACAUCAGAUUCUGUUAAAAUAAUCACCCAAUGCAAAAGUGCUGAUGCUUAAAAGGUUCAUAAAAUACUGUUUGCAUAAACCACUGAGACAUUUCCGAGAUAGGAGUUGUUUUAAGAAAGAAGUUCAAUUUGGUCCUGUUUCCUCUCAGACUAGUUAUUACCUUGAGCCUCUGGGACAACGAAUCUGAAUUUAUGCUAAAGGAAAGAUGCCAAAACAGGAUCCCACAAUAAAAAUCCAGAAAUAUUCUUGAAUUUGGAUUUGAGUUCAUUUUGUGAUGCAACUUCUAAGGUGAAAGGGACACACUUAAAUAUCUAUCUACUAGCUGCUAGCUGUAGUUUCCUGUUCAUGUUGUCAGUUUCCUCAUCCAGCAAUCAAAGCAGCAUAUUAUCCCAAAUAUAAUUGUUUUAUUAACAUGGUUUAAUUAUUCUACUACCAGAAGGCCCUUUUCUGUAGAAAAACAAGUGGUGUUUCGACAAUCACAGGAUUUAUUUCUGGAGACAGACAAGCUGAACCAACUAGGUCUAAAUGAACCAUGAGGAGAGAGCGUAGCUCCUCUUCUCUGCUUCUUGUAAGUUUGUCCUGUUGUUUACACUCCCAGACGGGCUGCUGCUCCAAGAGCUAAGGAGGCCACACUGCGGAGCAAAAUGAAUGUCACGUUUCUGGCUGUUUCUUUAAGGGAGGCCUGCGAGGUCAAGAUUCUGUCAACGCCUAGACAGAGUAAAAGUUACCAGUUGUCACAGUUACACCCCAGCACAUUCACACACACACACCAGCACUCCCCCCUAGCCAUUGUAAAUGGAAGAGCCCUUAUAGAACAAAUGACUGCACUGAUACAAUCAUGCCAGCCAAUCGUAUACGUCUCUUUUUUUGAAAGCAUGGCAAGAUUGAAAACUUAGUGUGUCAGAUCAACUGACACGUUUUUAAACAUUUCAGACUCAUGGCAACCACUCAGUAUUAACCACCCCCCACCCCCCGUGCACGACUUUCAAAGUCUUACAUGUAGACAAUCUGUGGACGCCUUAAAGGUUUCACUCAUCUUUUACACAGAUAAACCUGCACACAUUCUCCCAUUAUCAUAAGUUGAGUCCAAACACCCAUCCAAACCUCACAAAAUAACUGGACUGCCUGGCCGUGUUCCUUCGCUGCAGGGAAACCAGUUGUAGUUGGCCAACUGACUGGCAACCAUCUCAUCAGCUUCGUAGAGAGGACUAGCUCGGCUGAACAAGGUGUUAGGCUGAUUUCUUUUCGAAUCAAAGGAAGUGCCUCUGUAUUCCCAUUAUGCAAACAUGAAUUCAGGUUGUUUUUUCUCACAUAUAAGCUAUAGUGAAUGGUUAAAAAAACAAAUUAUGUCAGGAGGGGACAGAAAAAAACAAUGACAGCUCACUAGAUAAUCUCAAGCAUCUUUAUAUAUAAUACACUUUUAUAUAUAUUUAUAGAUAUAUACAUUUUUUGUUUGCAAGAUAAGCUCUGUGGCAGUCUAGUUAUUUUUUGAAGCAUGGCAUACAUCGCACAGUCAUAGGAUGCAUCUGGAAAACGCUAAUCGGAGCUCGAGUACCAGUGUCUAAGCCCACAACUGUUUGAAAGGAAAGGAAAUCCAUCGCAAACCCAUCAGUGCAGACGUAGACAGAGUAUCGGUUAAAGUAGAUAAGGAUUAAAAAUUCAAAGGACAGAUUUGUUUCUUUAUUGUUUCGAUGGGAAGUAUUGUUCUUGAAACUAAAUGAUGUAUGUUGAUUGAGCCAUGUGCAAUGCC